AUACCAUCACCACCUCUGAGCCAUUUUUACAAUUUUAACAUCGGUUAACAAUGGUUGCUUCCUGUACUUGCCAGAGUAACUGCGGUGCUUGCGGUCCUUCAGGGACGGGUUGCGCGUGCCCUCAGGGAAAAUGUGAAUGUGACAAGUGCGUCAACAAGGCUCAUUCUAACAAGUGCGGUUGUAACGGUACGGGUGACAAUUGCGUCUGUACGCAGGAAGGAAAAGUCUGUACUUGCGAGUCGAAAUAGGAAUCAGAAUAUGCUCACUGAAGUUGGUCCACCAAGUAAUUCAAGGAAAGAGUCCCAUUGUAUGAAUAGGCCACAGAUGUAUUUAAUAUGAAGAGGUUCUAUACAAAUGACUUAAUAUAUCAAUUUGAAGCCAUUGGAAGC